GCAUCGCCGACAUGGAUCUCAGUUUGCCCAAUGGUACUCCUGUUGAUACAUCUAGCCCAGCAUCUUCCUCCUCACUUCUUAACAGACUGCAGCUGGAUGAUGACUUGGAUGGGGAGAUGCGAGACCUCUUCGUCACUGUUGAUGAUCCCAAAAAACAUGUCUGUACCAUGGAGACCUACAUCACAUACAGGGUCACAACCAAGACCACACGAGCAGAAUUUGACUUACCAGAGUAUUCCAUGCGCCGAAGAUACCAGGAUUUUGAUUGGCUUAGGAUUAAAUUGGAGGAAUCUCAACCAACCCAUCUCAUUCCCCCUCUGCCAGAGAAAUUUGUGGUAAAAGGAGUGGUCGACCGUUUUUCAGAAGAAUUUGUUGAGACAAGGAGGAAGGCUUUGGACAAAUUCUUGAAAAGGAUUGCGGAUCAUCCUGUACUUUCUUUCAACGAACACUUUCACGUGUUCCUGACUGCCAAAGAUCUUAAUGCUUAUAAAAAACAAGGAAUGGCCUUGCUUUCCAAGAUGGGAGAAUCAGUAAAAUAUGUCACAGGAAGCUAUAAAUUAAGAAGUCGACCGUUGGAGUUUGCAGCCAUUGGCGACUAUCUAGAUACGUUUUCUUUGAAGCUUGGGACCAUUGAUAGGAUAGCACAGCGGAUAAUCAAGGAGGAAGUGGAAUACCUGGUAGAACUUCGAGAGUAUGGUCCCAUUUACUCUACAUGGAGCGCGUUAGAAAGUGAGCUGUCCGAACCUCUGGAGGGGGUGUCAGCCUGCAUUGGGAAUUGUUCUACAGCCCUGGAGGAACUGAGUGAAGAUAUGACCGAAGACUUCUUGCCUGUUCUAAGAGAGUAUAGUUUGUACUCAGAAUCCAUGAAGAAUGUCUUGAAGAAAAGAGACCAAGUUCAAGCAGAAUAUGAAGCCAAACUAGAAGCCGUGGCUCUCAAAAGAGAAGACCGACCCAAGUUGCCCGUAGAUGUGGAAAAGUGUCAAGACCGUGUGGAGUGCUUCAAUGCAGACCUGAAAGCAGAUAUGGACAGAUGGCAGAACAACAAGCGUCAAGACUUCAGGCAGCUACUGAUGGGUAUGGCUGACAAAAACAUCCAGUACUAUGAGAAGUGCCUUACGGCGUGGGAGUCGAUUAUACCUCUGUUGCAAGAUAAGUCUGAGACCAAAUAAGAAGUGGUAUCUUUAAUCCCUACCCCUCCUUCCUUGCACCAUGGACCUCUGACAAAAUGCACAGUAUACCACUACAACUUAAUAGACUGGUGAUGCGCUAUGCACAACUUAGUGGGAGGUGUUUUUUCUUUUUCUUUUUUC